AUGAUUUUGACGUUAGAAGAUCUUCCAAAUGAAAUACUUCUUUUAAUCUUUAAUCAUUUGCCAAUUAUCGAUAUUCUUUACUCAUUUUAUCGUCUCAAUCAUCGAUUUACAUUACUAAUUCAAACAUUCAAAGAUCUUCAUAUUGAUUUUUCAUGUCAACCUUUGAGUAAAACUCAAUUUAUUUGUAUUAUAAAUCAACUUCAUUCAUUAGAUAUUAAAUCCAUAAAGAUAUCGAAUCGUUAUUAUGUUGAUGCCAUAACAUUUUUUGUUACACAUAUUCUGCCUAAUCAACUUAUUCAUUUUCGAUCACUUCUACUUACUGAUGCUGAUCGAAAUACAAUCGUAAAAAUUGUACACAACUACCCUAAAUUAACAUCACUUUCCAUAGAAUCAUCACUGUGGCGUUCAAUGCCUCGUCGUUUUCUUCCUCAUUUUUCAAAUUUAACGCAUUGUCGUUUACCAACGCUUGAUUUACUAAAUGGUUGUCAUUUGAAAAUAAUCGAUCUUACAUUAGAUCAUUGUACAAGUGAUAAUCUUAUUCAAUUGAAUACUACUGUUCCUCAUGUACGUUGUCUUACAUUGAUAUUAACUAACAAUACAAAUAUUCCUCCUUUAAUCAAUUUUCCUAUUGACUUGAUUUCUCUUAAACUUAUAUUACGAUCUGUUUUAUUUAACGAAUUAAAACGAUUAAUAAUGAUGAUAAAAUAUGUUAAAAAUUUAACUGUAUCAUUUAGUAAUACAGAACAUGAAGUUCAUUGUUUUGAUGAAUAUUUAUUAGGCGAAUGUUGGUUUUCAAUUAAUCAAUAUGUUGAAAAUCUUCAAUUUAGCAUUAUUGUAAAUCAAACAUUUGCAGUAUUUUUAAUGUCGAAUCUUAUUUCAAAUUUUAAUUGGUUCCAAAGAAAAAUAGUUUGUCAACCAAUUGAUGACACCAAUGGUUAUCAUCUAUUUUCAUUACCUUUUAUUGACGACAUAUAUACCAUUAAUACAAAUCAUCUUCAAAAUAUUAUGAUCAGUAGCAAGGAUUUUAUUCGUGUAAAUCAUCUUCAUUUAACUAUUCCUAAUAAUGAUAUUCAAUCGUCUUUCAAUUUUUCAUCAAAUUUUAUUUUUCAAAAUUUAAAAAAAUUGACUGUAAUUUCUCAUCGUGUUAAUGAUAUGAUGAGGUCUUUUAUUGAUAAUGUUAUGAUCAAUACUCGUCUUCAAACAUUAGAACUUCGUUUUACAAUAACGAACAAUGGUUGUCGUAAAUGGUUUGAUAGAUUUAUUUAUUACCUUCCAUCAUCAAUUCAUACAUUAAUAUUGAGUACAACAUGUACAACAUUUCUUUCAGAUAUGUUAGAUAAUAAUAGUACAUUACUUCCAAAUAUAAAACGUCUUAUCUGUUCAGUAAAAAAUCAAGAUCAUUUUGAUACGUUAAUAUUACUUUUAUUGGAAACAAUCCAUGGAAAACCAUUGAUCUAUUUGAAUAUUUCAUUAGAAAAUUCAAGUAAAUCAUCCAGUUUAUUGUCAGGUUGGCUAUUGAAAACAAGUUAUUUGGAAAAAGCAACAAUAAAAUGCUCGGAUCGACAAUGUGCUAUUUGGAUUUAG